AUCGAGUAGGCAUUACUCUGUGCCGUGAAAAGACUUCAUUUCCCGUGAUGCUUCGCGGCUCUUUCAGCAAACCAGGAAGUGUGCGGCGGGACACUUUAGUGAAUACCCUCCUCUGACCAGAACAAAUGGCAGCAGAUAAGAAUCCUGUGUACAGGUGUAUUGAAUGCAGUAAGGAAUCGAGAGAACUGUACAGAGACUACAGACAUGGUGUGUUGAAAAUCACCAUUUGUAAAUCAUGUCAGAAACCAGUGGACAAGUACAUAGAGUAUGAUCCAGUCAUUAUACUGAUUAAUGCGAUGCUAUGCAAAGCACAGGCAUACAGACAUGUCCUUUUCAACACCUCAAUAAAUAUCCAUGGGAAGCUAUGCAUAUUUUGUUUGCUUUGCGAGGCCUACACCAGAUGGCUGCAGCUGCCAGGCUCCAGUAACAUAACCAACCCUGAAGAUAUCAUUCGAUAUGCCAAAGAAUGGGAUUUCUACAGGCUGUUUGGAAUAGCUGCUCUUGAAUUAACUGCAUACCUCACUGGUGUCUUUAUUGCUCUGUGUUUAGCAAGGCCCAAAACUCUUCAGUCAUACGCUGACUUUGCUUUGCUUUUAAAAGCACUUUUGCUGUCGAGCUAUGGAAAGCUUUUGCUGAUUCCAGCAGUUAUUUGGGAACAUGAUUACACCAACCUGUGUCUCAGGCUCAUAACACUUUUUGUCUUGACAUCAAAUAUGCAAGCAAUUCGAGUAACUCUGAAUGUAAGCAGAAGGCUGUCAUUUUUGGCAAUCCUAAAUGGACUACUUUUUGAAGCUGCACUAUUUUACAUCCACCAUGAACAAUAAGACAUUUAAACUGGUCGUAUUUUUUUUAUCCUGGGAAUAUGAUGGAUUAUGACCAUGUUAUUUAUCAUUUUUUUGUUGUUUUUUUUGUGGUUAUCAGUACUCCCAACCUUUAGAAGAAAGGAAUUUUUAUUUGUAACCUGAUCUGAACAUCAUGGUUCAAGUAAACAUAAAAUAUAUUUGUAUUGUCACAUCAACUGUUUUUUAUAAGACAAAGUAAAGCUCCAACCACAGACUUUCCUAGAUGACCUAACAAGCUGGCAAUGGAUAUAUGCUGCAUACAAGGCAUCCUUUCUCCAGUGCUUCCCAGAAGUCCCAGCAGGUUUUAUUUGCACUUGGUUGACAAAUGAAGAGGAAAAAAUCACUAACAUUUUGAAUUUUUUUUAAAGAUUUUUUUUUUAAUACAGUCAUUCUGAUACAUAAUUGAAAAUAGAUUGCUUAAAUAAAAACAUAAGUUUGUCUUAAAAUAUCUCUAUUUAAAUACAUAUCAGCUUAUAAAGUAAACUGUAUGGCUGCAUUUUACCUGUACCAAGUUUAAAGUUUCAAAUAUUAUGGACUGCAGCAAGGUUAAAUAGUUAAAAUAUUUUCAGUGGAUUACUAGUUACAGUUGAAUGCCAAGAAUGGAAAUGCAGGUCCGUUGCGGAAAGAGCUGGGUGACACCCCAGACACUUGCAUUAUUACCUUCAUCAUGUGAAAAAGCCAAUGAACCCAUUCAUUCAGUUAUACUGCCUGACAGCCUGCAAUGUUUAUAGAAACUAGCAAGAAUAUUUGGUUGUGUGGGUGGUUCUUUUUUCUUUUCUUUUUGCAGCAUUUUAACUAUAAAAGUUGAAUUGAAGGAUCCCUUAAUAUGUAGAUAGAUAUCAAAUAAUACAGUGUUACUUUUGUGCUCAUGCAAAA